AUGGUCCGCUCCUACUUCCACGCGGCCGCGCGACCCAGCGACAAGCGUCCCGCGUUCGCGCGCUGUUUCGCGGCCGUGCUUGGGCAACUCGUGCAAAAGCAGAAUGUGGCUGUCGAGGCUACCCUUCUGGGAAUCGCUUCCACCAGCGAAGGGAAAAAAGCUGGUGCGCAGAGCAGCAAGACGUCGAAAACAAGCCUCUACCAUGUGGCCCAGCAACAGAAAGCGAAGCUGGCUGCAGGGGUCGUGAGCAAGAAGAUGAACAAUGGCAAAGCGAGCACCGAAAUGAGUGUCGUUUCGGAAGCUGGUGGUCGCGCAGCCAAGAAGGAACAGGAAAGACAAGAAGAAUCUUCCGCGGCGAUGAAAACCGCCAGUGCCGCGGCCUCCAAAACUGCGCGCGGUCUGAGAGCGGGCGCCGGAACAUCAAAUGGAGCAGCAACUGCGGAGAUGAUGAAAACAACUGCUGGCACUACCAAAGAAGCGGAAAACAAGAACCUGGCAGCGAGCAAAGCCAAAGUCGUCAAAAAAGAAGGAGAUGACAAGUUUUUUGACAAAGAGUGGCAAGAAGAGCAGCACGAACUCGACUUUGACGCACAGUGGAAAGAGGUAUGAGAAUGUAUUUUUGUACAACUACAGAGUCGACCUCUCCCCCUCAUUUGAAGAAGGGCAUGCAUAUCAUGCAGCAACAGAAGGAGAAACACCAGCACUAGCACUACUGGUGCAACAAGAGCUUGGGCAACAUCAUGACAAAUGUACAGCAAGUUAGUGUUUUGUUCCUUGUUGUUCUCACCGUACGGCUCCUUCUGGUUCCGAAUACUAGACCUGUCUUACAAAAAUCAGUGCCGCAAGACUCGAUUAAAACCACUGGCUGGAUAUGUAUUUCAUCGCAUUAUUUUUCAGCAUGACAAAUGAGGGGGACGCGGGGUUAGACAGAAUUUCCACUCUGAUAAGAGGCGUCGGACCGGCAUGAUGAGCACGUGAAUCGUGUGCAUGAGCAACUGCAGUGCGGUUGCUGCUGCAUCGCUGCCAUCAUCAUCUCCAGUGUCGUUUGCUGCUGCCUCUGCAUCGGCGCCAUUACUGUGGCGGUCGUGGGGGACGUUUUGCACUGA